AUGGAGAAUUUCAGAUCUAAAUCAACAAGGGAAGGGAGGAUGCAGAUGGAGAGCUACUAUGGGGGAGGGGGUAAUGAGGCUGUGGGGCCCCAGAGCAUGAAGGAUUUGAGAAGCUACAGCACCUCUUAUGCUUACACUUCUUCAUCCAUGGAGGCUGCUCCCCAGUACAAUAAUAAAGAAGUGAGGAUCAAGAAAAGCAAGAGCAGGGUUUCAUCCAGCUUUGCUUCGAAAAGCUGGAGCUUUAAUGACCCAGAGAUGCAGAGGAAGAAGAGGGUGGUUGGGUACAAGGCUUAUGCUGUGGAAGGGAAGAUGAAAGGCUCUUUCAGAAAGAGUUUCAGAUGGAUCAAGAACACCUGCAGCCAUGUUGUUCAUGGCUGGGUUGAAGUUCUUGGUUUUGAGUAUAGAUCUGCAUAUGUAUAUCACACAUAA